ACUGUACCCGAUAUGUCUACUCCAGUUUCUCAGCUGGAUACGCAGUUUACAGACACACAGAACAAAACACCUACAACCUCAGUGGGUAAACAUGGUGACGGUGGCAAGAACAUGCCGACCAAUACAAACGUCACUCCUAAAGCAACACCACACAUGGAUCCUGACGCGCCGAUAUUUGAUGCGACUCCGCAAAUCAAGUCUACUGGCGGCGUACAACAAGUGGCAAAAACAGACUUGCCUGACAGUGGUCCAUGCUUUGAUCAGACUCCAUCUGAACAUGUUUAUGUUGAAACCGAUCCAGCUACAAACACUCCACAGGUUGGCCAGGCUUCUCUUGAUUCGGAGAUGCAAACCGUGUUAGCUCUACGCGAAUAUUUGUGUGGUCUGCAAUCUGACACCGGCAGGACCAUAAUAGAUUAUGGUGAAUAUUCAGCGACAUGUUCUGACAUAUAUGAAUCUUUUGCCGAUGGGAAGUGUCUCGACAAUGGAUUCAUGCAGUGUUUCAUCCAAUGUGUUAUUGAUGAUGCAAAAAAUCAGCAGACUUCCAUGAGUUCGAACAGUUUGGUUCUUGAUGUUAAUGUUGGGUCAAUACUCAACUUUGAGGAACAGGAACGACACAGUCGCAACCCUCAACCUUUUGAUGAAUCUGUACUCCACACACUUCUAGACAAUUCAUUGCCUGAGACAGAUGAAUUGGACCAAUGCAAAGCGAUCAUGGUCCCCAUGGUAAGCAGGGGGCAUUGGACAUUGUAUGUUGUCAACAAGGUCAAGAAGUGCAUUCAUAUUUUAGAUUCCAACCCAUAUGGACCAACACUUGGUGGAACUACAUGGAAGGACUAUCAUUUUGCACAUUUGGGCUCAGGUGGCAGAAAGUUACCAUGGGCCAAGGUUAUUAUGAGCAGAUUAAACAAAGCAAUACAACAUGUACGGCCCAGUACAUGCUUUACCAAGUUUGGUAACUUCACAAUUGACUUGUGCCCAAAUUGUCCUAACAUGGCAGCUGGAUCAAAUGACUCUGGGUUUUAUGUCAUGGGUUACAUUCUAUUUUAUCAAUGCGACGAAGGAUCUUUGCGGUCAGACAUAGAAGCAGGCAACACCAGUGAGAUACGGUCUCUUGCGCUGCAUUACAUCACAUUCCACCCGAAGAACAAAGCAUUAUCGCUGCUCCAAGACAUCCAAAGAUUCAAGGUCUAAAGGAUGUAGUUUAGUUUGGUCAUGUAAUAUAUUUUGUAUACAAUGGUUCCCUAAACUUCAGAUCAGUCAUGUGUGUAUAUUAUGGGCAAAGUCCAUAGACGUUUCUUAGUUAUGUCAAUGACAACUUUGGGAUCAGCUUUUUUCUAAA